AUGGCUCGUUGGCAAAUGCUGUUGACUGAAUACGAUAUUACACAUGUAACGAGAAAAGCCAUCAAAGGGAGCGUUAUAGUAGAAUAUUUGGCUGAUAGGGCUGUUAAUGAUUACCAACCCAUGGAGUUUGACUUCCCGGAUCAAGAUAUUGAUUUAAUUGAUCAAGAAGAGGAAGAUAAUGUUGGGUGGAUGAUGCUAUUUAACGGGGCAACCAACGUAUGGGGGCAUGGAAUAGGGGCUGUACUCAUAUCACCAGAGGGUAAAUAUUACCCAGUCACAGCCAAACUCACCUUUCCGUGUACCAAUAAUAUAGCUGAGUAUGAAGCGUGCGUAUUGGGCUUACAAGCAGCUAUUGACCGAGGCAUUAAAAAAUUGAUCGUAAAAGGAGAUUCCGAUUUGGUAAUUUAUCAGUUGACUGGAAAGAGGGAAACCCGGGAUUCCAAGUUAAUACCCUAUCAGGAGUACAUUCAGGAAAUGAUGCAAGAAUUCGAUACUAUCAGUUUUUCGCAUUUACUGAGAGAGAGUAAUUUAAUCCCUGAUGCGCUAGCAACAUUGGCAGCUUUAUUUAAGGUUGAGUCCGGAAUAGAGAUUGAACCCAUUUGA